GACGUUCCCUUCGAUAGAGAACAACAAGCUUAAACCUCUCUAAUCCCAACAGAAAAAAAAUUAAAAAUCAAUCCUAACACCCUUCUUUCUGUAAUCUCCAUUCCCGAUUUUUUAGAGAAAUUCACUAUGCAAUCGCUUUCUACUCCGUCUCCGAUCAAGUCCUUGAUCCGGCCACGUCCUCGAGUCACCCGAGCGAGUCCCAACAAACUCGUUCUCCAAUGCAUCUACCGUUCCGACUCGGUUUCUUUCCCGAACGGUGUCGGUUCGAACCGAGCCGAUUGGCAAAGUUCUUGUGCUAUAUUGGCAAGCAAAGUGGUAGCUCAACAACAGCCAAUAGAUAAAUCUAUUAGUGCUGGCGAUUCUGGCGGAGUAGCAGAUCAUGUGGCCGCUGUUAACGGCCACAAGACAUCCGUGGACUUAAAUCUAGUCCCGAUAGAAAAAGCCACAUCGAACUCGAACAACAGCAGCAUUAAACCUCAUCAGCCACAAAAAGCGUUAACGAUAAGUGACUUAUGUCCUGCCCCUAUGCACGGGUCACAACUCCGAGUCGCGUAUCAAGGAGUUCCCGGCGCGUACUCUGAAGCUGCUGCUGGAAAAGCCUAUCCCAACUGUGAAGCGAUUCCUUGUGACCAGUUUGAGGUUGCUUUUCAAGCGGUUGAGCUUUGGAUUGCCGAUCGCGCUGUUUUACCUGUCGAGAAUUCUCUCGGUGGAUCCAUUCAUCGGAAUUAUGACCUCCUCCUCCGUCACCGCCUCCAUAUCGUUGGUGAAGUUCAGUUACCGGUCCACCACUGCCUUCUUGCCCUUCCUGGAGUCCGGAAGGAGUAUGUUAACCGAGUUAUUUCGCACCCACAAGCUCUCGCUCAAUGCGAAUUAACUCUCAGCAAACUCGGUCUCCAGGCGGUGCGUGAAGCAGUAGACGACACAGCUGGCGCUGCAGAGUAUAUCGCGGCCAACAACCUCCGUGACACAGCUGCGAUUGCGAGUGCACGCGCGGCAGAGCUUUAUGGGAUGCAGGUACUUGCUGAUGGGAUCCAGGAUGAUUCAAGCAAUGUCACGCGCUUUGUGAUGUUGGCGCGUGAACCGAUUAUACCGAGAACGGACAGGCCAUUCAGGACAAGUAUUGUGUUUGCUCAUGAUAAAGGAACGAGUGUGCUGUUUAAGGUGCUUUCAGCCUUUGCGUUCAGGAAUAUAAGUUUGACGAAGAUUGAAUCAAGGCCGCACAGGAACCGUCCGAUUAGGCUGGUUGAUGAUGCAAAUGUGGGGACAGCAAAGCAUUUCGAGUACAUGUUUUAUGUUGAUUUUGAAGCCUCGAUGGCUGAGGUUAGAGCUCAGAAUGCAUUGGCUGAAGUUCAAGAAUUCACAUCUUUCUUGAGGGUGUUAGGGAGCUAUCCAAUGGACAUGACACCGUGGUGUCCAUCAAGAGGAGACGACGAUGACGAUGGUGGUAACGAGAAAAACCCAUUUUAAUUACAAGUUUUUUUUUUUUUAAAUAAACCCUUUAAAAAGUGUUGUUAUUUGCACGGAAAUGAGGGUUUAAUUUAGUUUUUCUUUUUUUCUUUGUGGGGAAUUUUUUAAUUCGACCAUGAACAAGGAUAUUGUAAUGUUAUUAUUGAUGUUGUCGUUGUUACUGUUGAGGUAAAUACUUUUAUUGCAAUAGUUCUGUUUUGUGACUUGUA